AUGUCCGACCCGUUACUCUUCGAAGACACCUUCACGAUCACCGCGAUCAACUCCCAGAAAUAUGACCGUGUUUCGCGUCUGAGCUGCAACUCUACCGACACCCUUUCGCACUUCACUCUCGAUGUCAACUCCGAGCUUUACCCUUGCGUUGUUAACGAGUCGCUGAACAUGGCUCUGGCCUCGACGCUUUCUCUGGAUGGCAAGGACGACUCCGGUUCGAAGGGCUGGAGAGAGGUCGGAAUGGGCGAGCAGACUUUGGCUAAUGACUACGAUUAUGUCUGCCACGGCAAGGUUUACCGCUUUGAGGAAGGCUCCAGCCAGGGUAACAUGGCCGUUUUCAUCUCUUUCGGUGGUCUUUUGCUUUACCUCGAAGGUCCUUACAAGAAGCUGGCACCCUUGAGGAUCGACUACGUGUAUCUGCUCCUGAAGAAAUAG